CUCUUCUACAAACUGUUGCCUUUCUCCCCUUAAAGGAAAACAGUCGACAGUUCACCUCAACCAAGUGCAAGCAACAUCCCGCACCAAUUCACAUCUCGCUUCCUUCAUCAAUCCGACUUCACCCCCGCUCAACCACUCAUCAGGCAACCAACUGAGCCACUUUGUCGACACAAAACCUCAUUUCACCACCAAGAACCCGUCUUCCAAAUCCAAAAAUGUCUUAUUCGCCGUAUUUCAAGGAAAUGUGCAAGCGCAAGCUCGAGGCCCAACCCCAUUACGAGUGUAGGUGGAGUCAAGAAAACGAAAGGCCAACCGGGCUAACAGAAGCCCAGCGUCGCAUCGCCGCCCCUCCAGAUGGAGGCAGGCCUGCCGCGUCAGUUUACGCCUAUUUCGACAUCUCCCAAGAGGAGAAAUAUAGACCAGAUUGGGAGCGGCCGAGGGUUCUUCACAUCUUGGAGCGGCCAGAGCUUGGAACUGAAUACGUGAAGCUCGACAAUGGGUUUUGGUAUCUGUUGGAAGAAGACGGCGGUUAUAAGCACAUGACGGACCGGGAAUUCAAUGAAUUCCUCGCCUGGAAGGUGGGUGUGGAGGAGGAAAGCACUACAAGCGAGGAAGGAACGGAAGAUGAAGAAGAAGAACUCCUUGCCGAGUUUGACGCAGCAGAAGAAGCCCCCGACUCUUCGCUCGAAGUACUCAACUCUGAAAUCGAAGCACUCCACUCUGAAAUCGAAGAAAUCGACUCUGAACUCGAAGACUCCAACUAG